UUAAUCAGCUGAUUGUCAAAUUAUUAAAUUUAUUUCCAAAUUUUCAGAAUAUAUUUACAUAAAUUUACUUAUUGUGUUAAAAACAUUAUCUAGCUGUAUUCAUUUGGUAACUACAAAGUACAACAAUGGCUGGUUCUGCAUUACGACGACUGAUGGCCGAAUAUAAACAAUUAACAUUGAACCCACCUGAAGGUAUAAUUGCUGGACCCACAAAUGAGGAAAACUUCUUCGAAUGGGAAGCAUUAAUAACUGGUCCCGAAGGAACAUGUUUCGAAGGCGGCGUUUUUCCAGCAAAACUAACAUUUCCCCCGGACUAUCCGCUGAGUCCUCCGAAAAUGCAAUUCACCUGUGAUAUUUUUCAUCCAAACAUAUACUCCGAUGGUAGGGUAUGUAUUUCUAUCCUUCAUGCACCAGGAGAUGACCCUAUGGGCUACGAAUCAAGUGCAGAAAGAUGGUCUCCUGUACAGAGUGUUGAGAAAAUACUCUUAUCGGUAGUUAGUAUGUUAGCAGAGCCUAAUGAUGAGAGUGGCGCUAACGUUGAUGCAGCAAAAAUGUGGCGUGAAGAUAGAAGUGAAUUUAAUAAAAUAGCAGAAACUUUAGUUCGUAGGACUUUGGGAAUACCACUCAGACCCUAUAGAGCAGUGAUGGCCAAUCGCGACCAAAGUUAGUGGGUAGGCUAUGUGAGCAACAUUGCAAGUGGAGGUUUGUUAUAUAAAAGACACUCUUAUAUAUUCAGUUUAUCAGUUUUAUUUGAAUUUUUAGCUUGAUACUGCGUAACAAACAUAUAAAUAUUAUUGGAAAUAUUAGAAAUCUACAUAUCUACACAAAAUAAAAACGUUAUUUAACAAUAAAAAUUACUCACAACCUACUUUUCGCGUUCCAAUAAACAUAAUCGUUAUAAAAAAACGGUUAAAGGUUAUAAAACAAGUAUUAAAAAAAGCUGGAAUAAAUUACACAUUAUAUUCUUAUUUGUGCGUCAUUCGUAUAGUUAUAUGUAUUACAAUGUACUAUUACGAUAUGGAGGUUAUUAUUCUUUUAUAGGAUAUAAAAAAAAGUUUUACAAACCUUAGAAAAAAACUAGGGUGUAUAGAAUUUUUUUAGGCCAACACUAAACACAAAAUCAACUAAAAUGUCUUCAAGAAAUUUGAACUGCCAAUAAACUAACCAAAAAAAAGAUUUUUUUUACUAUAUAUGUAAUGUAUCUAACAAAAUUUCUUGAGCACCCUGUAUAAAGAGAUGUUAAAAUGUUUUCUUUUUCUUCAAUUGGCAAUUACGUCAAAUGGCAGUUCGGUCAAUUAAAUGUGAAAAACCAGCCAAGUUCUAACAUUUUAAUCUCUUUCUUUACACAAGUUUUAAAAAAUAAUAUACAGGGUGUAAUUGAAUAAGUGCGAAAAAAAUUAGAUUAUUGAUUUAAAAAAAAUAAUGUUGGUUUUUAAUUAAAAUUUUUAUAU